GCUGAAGUCCAAAGUUCAGUAACUUGCUAAGCACACGGAUAAAUAUGAACCUUGGAGAAUUUACACUGCUCCAAUGUAAACAGAUAGCCAAGGGUCCCUUUAUCAGCACUGGCUCAGGACAGUCGUGGGGGGUCUGAAGUGGCUCAUUUUUGUAUUUUGUUUUUUGGGGGGGUGCAAAGGGGGAAUCUAUGCCAUUCCCACUCUGCUGACAGUCGGGCGUGUUACCUCAGGAACAUGGUGUAGGGAAGGCUGAAGGCAGAACGUGCUGAAACUCAAAUCCAAGGGACACCAGACUGAAGACCAUGGUCUCUAAGCUGAGUCAUCUUCAGGUGGAGCUGCUGGGAGCACUGCUGGAGUCAGGGCUAACCAAGGAGACCCUGAUCAAAGCGCUCGGGGAAGUGGACCCCUACGCCCUCCAGAGUGAAAGCCAGCGUGCCAUCAGUGCCAUCCAGGCAGAAAAAGGGGAACCCUGUGCUGAAAUUCCCAAUCUGCCCAAUGGGAUGGAGGAAUCCAGGAUGUCCGAGGAGGAAACCUCUGACGAUGGGGAGGAAUUCACCCCUCCAAUAAUGAAGGAGCUGGAAAACCUGAGUCCAGAGGAGGCUGCUCACCAGAAGGCUGUGGUGGAGAGACUAUUACAAGAGGAUCCCUGGAGAGUAGCAAAAAUGGUGAAAUCCUACCUCCAGCAGCACAACAUCCCUCAAAGGGAGGUGGUGGACACUACGGGUUUAAAUCAGUCUCACCUCUCACAGCACCUCAACAAAGGCACACCCAUGAAGACCCAGAAGAGAGCUGCCCUCUACACCUGGUAUGUCCGCAAGCAGCGAGAGGUGGCCCAGCAGUUCACCCAUGCUGGUCAGGGACUCGUGGCAGAGGAGCCCAUGGGAGAUGACCUGCCCACCAAGAAAGGGAGAAGAAACCGCUUUAAGUGGGGUCCUGCCUCACAACAGAUCCUAUUCCAAGCUUACGAGAGACAGAAGAACCCGAGCAAGGAGGAGAGAGAAGCAUUGGUGGAGGAGUGCAACAGGGCAGAGUGCAUUCAGCGUGGCGUCUCCCCAUCCCAGGCCCAAGGUCUGGGCUCAAACCUGGUCACCGAGGUGAGAGUUUAUAACUGGUUCGCCAACCGUAGGAAGGAGGAGGCUUUUCGGCACAAGCUAGCCAUGGAUACCUACAGUGGGCCGCAGCCCAGUUCUGCUCCCCCACUGACCUCUCACAACUCUUCCUCCCUUCAGCCAACGCCUGCUAUCUCGCCAAGCAAAGUCCAUGAUCAGCCUCAUCUGUGGGAACCAAGUCUCUCCUUUUCUGACAUAGGAAUGAGGUACAACCAGCAGCCAGCCAAUGAGGCAGAGUCUUCCAGCAGCAAUCAUCAUGGGAACAGUUCCAUGGUGACCACCCAAACCAUUCUUCAUCAGGUCUCUCCCCCUGGACUGGAGCCAAGCCAGAACCUGUUGAGCACAGACACUAAGCUGAUCUCUGCUCAUGGGGGACCUCUCCCUCCUGUCAGCACCCUGACCGCUUUACACAGCCUAGAGCAAAAUCCACACACCUUGAGCCAGCAAACCCAGAAUCUAAUCAUGACAUCACUGCCUGGUGUUAUGGCAAUUGGAGCUGGUGAGACCUCAUCCCUGGCACCAGCAUUCACCAACACAGGGGCCUCCACCCUGGUAAUAGGCCUAGCCUCCACCCAAGCCCAGAGUGUUCCUGUGAUAAACAGCAUGGGAAGCAGCCUUACUACCCUUCAGCCUGUCCAGUUCUCCCAGCAGCUCCACCCAUCUUACCAGCAGCCCAUCAUGCAGCAGGUCCAGAGCCACAUCAAUCAGAGCCCCUUCAUGGCCACCAUGGCCCAGAUACAGAGCCCCCAUGCUCUCUACAGCCACAAGUCUGAAGUGGCCCAAUACGCACAUACUGGCCUUUUACCCCAGACCAUGGUGAUAACAGAUACAGCAAAUCUCAGUGCCCUGACUAACCUGACACCAACCAAACAGGUGUUUACAUCUGAAUCAGAGACCCAUACGGAGUCCGGGAUCCACACGUCAGUGUCACAGACACCAACAAUACAUUUACAGAACCAAGACACAACCAUUCAGCACCUUCAGGCAGGCCAUCGCCUCACCCCAAGCCCAGCUGUCUCCUCUAGCAGCCUGGUGCUGUACCACAGCUCUGACUCCACCAACAGCCACAGCCACUUGCUGCCAUCUACUCACAGCGUUAUUGAGACCUUCAUCCCCACACAGAUGGCAUCCUCCACUCAGUAACCAUGGUGAACAGUUCACAGGCAACUGCCAUGACUGAGCCGUCAGGAGCACCUCCGUCUGUGUUUGUGAUUCACUGUCACUGCUGCCUUCCACAGGGAAGAGAGUGCCUGGCCCGGAGGCCUCCAGCCCCUCUCCACUGCCUUGUGUAAAGUCCUCACCCUCAUCCAAACACAACACGGGAAGAGGGUUUUCUUGAACACAAAGCUAUGAGCACACAUCCAGAGCGGAUGACAAAGGACAGGGCUGACACCACUAGCUUCCACUGCCAAAGGGAACAAUGGCCAACACAGAGACCAGAAAUUAAGGACUUCCACCAGGAUAAGAGUCUGAAUGGUCUAUGGCAAAAUUACAAAGGGAUAGCUGGAAUUUUCAUUCUUCUUAACCUUAGCUGGGCUGCAUAUACGUAAACCUGCCAAUUCCACAGCAAGUCCUGCAGGAAAGAGCAGAGCAGAGCUGAGCCGCUAACGGCAGGUGAGCAUCGCUUAAACACCCACCACUGCUGCAAACAGACAGAUGGAAACUGAAUGAGACAGAAACUUUUCUUGGGGCAGACAGUACAAGAGCCCGAAUACUGGCCCUGCAACUAAAAGACGCUGAGAAACAGAGCCAGGGAUGACAUGAGAACUAUCCUCUAAUUACAGAACCACUAACUAAAAGCUUGCCAUUUCUUUAACUUAAAAGGGACACUGUCAAUUUAUUUAGGUUUAGAAAUAUGACUUCCACUAGGCCAGGGCUGUUUUAGGGUAAGAGGCCUGAGUAUUUUCAAUGGUUCUACUUUGUUUUAAAUUCAGAAAUUAAAGGUGAGGAGAAAGGAAAGGAAUGUUUAGUUCUCCACAUCAGCAGGCUUGAUUCUUGGUCUCUCACACCCCUCACAGGGUGGUCAGUGGAGCCAGUGCGGUCAGCAUUUGGGAUGGGGAGAGAGAAAGAACUGGCUCAACAUAAUACAUCUGAAAAUAAUGUUUCAGAAACAAGGCUCUUUAAGCCCUGCCCCUCAUGUUACACCAUUGCCCCUUCUAACAGAGAUUGUGUGUGUGUGUAUUGGUCUCUCUCACAUGUAUCAGAUCUACUCUGUAAAGAUCUCCACACAGGUGGAUUGUUUUUGUAUAAAUAUAGUGUAACCACACCCUUAAUUUUUAGCCUUUCACUGUGUGCCUGAUGCUACAGCCCUCACUCCUGUGAAUAACCCCUCAGAUUUCCAUGGAUCUAUUUGUAUAAGUGAACGCUUUGAGUCCAGGGGCCCUAAUUAUAAAUGCUUCUAGUAAUUCCUCUUCUUCCUUGUUGCUUAUACGUUCAUAUCACUGCUGAGCUGCAAACAAACAUAGGAGAAGCCAUAAUAAACUUCUUUCUGGGGUUCUAAUGGAGCUGAAGCUAUCAAUUUACACUGUAGAGGGGACAAAACCCAAUGAGGGGAAAAUAUGAUCAAGCCUCUAAAAGGAUAAGAAACAAUGGAGAAUAAAAGAAACUAUACAAAUAAGUUGACAGUGUCCCUAUAGCCACCAUGUCUGAUGAUUGCAAACAUAUAGAUGUAAAUUGGUGCCAGUAUGCAGAAGACUUUUUCCCUGGACUCUGAUAUUAUGAGCUAUUAGAGCCUAAUUUCAGUAACUGAAAAUCUCAGUGGAAUUUGUCUCUAGGACUGAUGCCCCUCUCCACUCUGUGUUAUCCUGUAAAUUUAUUUAACUUUCAGUAAACUGAAAGAAAACCAUUUGAGACUGUUGUAUAUUUAUCCUCUUUACAGUAUAAGCAAAGUCAAAUUUAUGAGGAAUCCAGAAAAAGUUUUAAAAGUCGCAUGAUUUUCAGAAGUUAAAAUUACUCAUAAUUGUAACGAUGGCCAUAAGGCAUGUGAUUUCUGUUGGUGUACUUGGUUAAUUCACAGGCCGAUUUUCAAAAUACUUUUGCAGUUUAGAUGCCUGCAGGGCAUUUCCUUAUGUGAAAAAUAUCAGGGUUCUUGCACAAAAUGUGGGUGACUCCCAGGACCCUACAAGGAGCAAUAUUUUCUCACUUUAGCAUCUUGAGUUCCUCCACCCAUCCAAAUAUUAGGUCUUUCCCUGAAAUCUCAGAGCUGCAGGCCUCUAUUAGGAAAGUAAAAACAAUACUGAAAACUACCAAAAACUGCUGCUGCAUCUCAGAGACACAACACACACCUGGCUGGUCAAAUAAGGACUUAAAUGCAAUUACUGCCAUGCUGGGCUCAAAGGCACCUAUUUCUGGCAGUUCUACAGCAGCAUCAAAUAGCUACAGACAAUUGUGCAACUAAAGCCUCUAAUGAUGUGCAAUACCUCUGUUAGCUGUGCCAAUCCUAAUGGAAGAAGAUGGCAGUUGUGCAUAAGACAUUAUAUUAAAUGAGACUAGGAGGCAUUUAUUGUUAUUGAAUUCUACUGCACACUGGCAGAUGUAAUACCAUGAAAAUAAAGCAUCGAGGGCGACAGUUUGGAAAGAAACACCUGCUUAUAACAAUGAAGUGACACCAUUGCACAAUCUUUUUAUAAUUCUGCAGAGAGGUGUAUAUUCCAUGGGAAUUAGUAACAUGGCAGGUUUCGGUAACAUACUUCUGGUGAUUAUAGGAGAGGUAGGUGGGUCCCCAAGAUUUGCCAGGAUAUUUGUGGGUGAGUCAGUCUCUCUCACAGCCUGGAGCUGUUUCUCCCAUGGUUCUGGCAGCACGUGUUGGGAGAGGUGAAGUAGGAAAUGAUUCUCUGCCACCAUCUCCACCAAAAUCAGUUUAUCACACACGUGCACUAGCUCCAGGGCACAGAAUUUGGGCUGGAUACACAGAAGGAUCAGACCAGGACAGAGGUGACUCUCAAUAUGUCCUUGUAUCGCCCAAAUCCUUCAGUGCAAGGUCUGCAUAACCAGCAAUCCAAGUAAUUGGUUUGUGAUGGAAUGGAAAAAGGGGAGUUCCCCAAGGGAUGCCCCAACAAGGGCAGUCACUUAAACUCUUACUCCUUUGACUCCCCUAAAACAGAAGCUUUGCCAAUUGUUUCCCCACAUUUCCAGUAGAGGACAAUGUGCAGGAACUACCUUUGUUAACUUUUCACCAUCCUUCUUCCAUCCUGACUACAUAUGUGGUUCAUAGAACGGAAUCAUCAUUCGCUUCUUUUCUGGUAAUCUUUUUCUUCUUCUUCACUACUCUGGGCAACGUUGUGUCCUCUAUACAUUUGCCUUCUUGCCUCUUGCACUUUCUAUCAAUCGACGAUAGAGUCUCGUUGCUGAUCUGGUCACCUCCUUCUGUCUUCUGUUCACUAUUAUGCUCUCCUUUAGCUUUCUUCUUCCUUUUCUUUUUCUUUUUCUGGUUGUGCUCUGUACACUCCUGCUUGUGAACCUGGCUGGAAUCCGGAGGCAUCACAGAAAAAGCACUUUGCUUCAAGAUAUCUGCUGCUGACACAGCAGCCUCUUGGUAUCUCUGCCAUUCCUGGUCACUGUCCAGCUCACUGGAAGGGUUGCAAGCAAAGUGGGAGGUAAGUAUGUUACACUUUCAUCCUGAAUUCACCCAAAGCACAGACUCUGAGAUUAGCAUAAUCUUGAUAAAUGUAAUGGCUUUGUGACUCAAAAACGUAUUCCAGUGACCGCUUAACCAGUGUGUACUCCAAGCUGCCCUUUAAUAUGUAUUAUGUGCAUUGGAAAAAUUAAUGCAAGUUAAAAUCCCUAGUUUCCCUGCACUAGGAAAAAUAUUUUUCCAAAGUCAAAUGUAAAAGGAAUCUCUGAAACACAGCACUGAAUAUUUUUAGGAACAAAGUAGCAGACUAACACCUCACCUAGAACUGGUAGGUCGUCGCCUCCUGGCUGAGAGCGGAGGUUUGGAUUUCCCACAAUCUCCUGGAACAGAUGAAGAGAAUAGGCGAAAGCCUAAGAAACACAAAAAGGAACAGGGGGAAAUAAAUGACUAAAAUCAUUUGCUAGCCUAAGAUAUAAAACAGAGUCAGCAGCAGCAGCUAACAGCAAUCCAAGUAUGAGGCAACAGUGAUGUCAACCCUCACAUGGAAUUUACGUUGGCCUGAAGAACUAGAAGGUGUUAAUUAAGCUUUCUGCACUAUUACAUGAAGAUAACCCCUGCUGAUAUUAAAGACAGAGUGCAGUAGAAGGACUUCUUGUUAAUCUAGAGCGCUGUAUGAGCUAAUACCAGAUAGAAUUCAUUACAUUUGUGCCAGUGGAGAGCUAUUAGAUGGGUGCUGACAACAGUGACUGUGCUUGGAACUCACCAUCAUCUUCAGAGUCAGCUGUUUGCAUGGAAGUCCAUACAGGACCUGAUGAAUCCUCCAAGACAGUGAUGUAGCUAGAAGGAAGACCACAGUCUGAAUUUAGGAAAGGAAACAAGGAUUCGAUUUUAUGCAGCCAGGCUAAGUUUAAGAAGUUGGAAAUGUUAAACAAGAUUAAAGUGAGCAGUUAAGUAACUUUUACUCAGUGGGUUCAUUUCAAUUUUUUUUUACUUUCAGAACUAUCUCCACAGAGCAUGGCCAUUUCAUUCAGAAACAUGGCACAUAGAAACUACUCACAUGCAACAGUCCAAGCAGCCAACCCACAUUGCAUUCUAGGCCCAUUAGUUCCCAUGGGCCAUACUUCCACAUUAAAGAAGGGCAGCAGCAAUCUGCAAUUAGGUGAAGCCUUUGAACACCUACCAAGAUGCCCGCACAGCUCUCAGUUAGGCUGAAUUUGUUUGUUGUAUGGAUAAGUUGAAAAAAAGAUCACACACGUGGACUGGGAAAUUUCCUGAACAGAUUCAAAGCCUGGCCAUAAAUGGAGGUGGCUCUGAUGAAUCUCAAUCCUGUCUAUUCCCUUCCCAACACAGAACACUGAGCACUGAAGCUAACAAGAAAGGCUCUGCAGAACACACCAGGUCUACAUUAUCAAUGGGAGAAUAGGACAUGGGUCAGUUCACGAGCAUUAGGAGCUCAGUCACAAGCCAGCAGUAUGCACAGGGAUGUAGGAAACAAGAAGAGAAACAAUCUUUCCUCAAAAUACAAGAUGUUUCCCAUAGAAAAAGAUGUAUUUAACUCUUCAAUGAUUCCCAUUUCUACCACUCAAGGGUAUUGACACUGCUCUUGCAAGGGAAGGAUCUGACUAAGGCUUAUUUAAUCUCAUAAGGCUGUGCUUUGGUACUGGUUACCUGUCUAACAUUGCUCCCAGUUUCUUUGCAACAUGUGCUCUGAACUCUGGUGUGGUCUGUAAUUCGUUGCCAUCUCUGUCAUGGUCAUUCACCUUCUGUCUGUUUGAAAUAAAAACAAUGUGUGAUCUCCUUCA